GCCCAGGACCUGAAUGUGAUUGAGGAGGUGAUCAGGAUGAUGCUGGAGAUCAUCAACUCGUGUCUGUCGAACUCUCUACACCACAACCCCAACCUGGUCUACGCCCUGCUCUACAAGAGAGAGCUCUUUGAACAGUUCAGAACACACCCAUCCUUCCAGGACAUCAUGCAGAACCUCGACACAGUGAUAGGUUUCUUCAGCCAGCGUCUUGAGGCAGCAGGGACAGACUUGUCAGUAGAGAGGGUUCAGGAGGUCAUCCUGAAGGGAGCACAGGCCCUGCCCAAAGACCGCUUCGAGAAGUUCCCGGAGCUGAAGUUUAGGUACGUGGAGGAGGACCAGCCUGAAGACUUCUUCAUCCCUUACGUGUGGUCCCUGGUUUUCAACUCUGGAGUAGGCCUUCACUGGAGCCCUACAGGCAUAGAACUCUUCAGCAUGGACUCUGGCUGAUUGUGAGAGUUCACGUCUGUCUAGCUAUGGGCCAAUCCAAACUUCCACUUUAGUCAAAUGUUCACUUAGUCAUGCAUCGAUGUAAAUGGGAGAUGUUACCUUAGUGGAAGUUAGGAUUCGCCCGUGUGUGUGUGUGUGCGCGCGCACUGCUUUGGAAGUGCCUCUACAGACAGAUCCCUGGGUUACUAUGGGAUGUUAGACAGGAGGACAUUGAAUAUACUGGUCUUCCUUUCUGCUCCUAUUCGUUCAUAUCAGACAAACUUUUCCUCUGUGCUUCCACGUAGCCUGGUUAGUCCAGACUGAACACUGAGCUCACCAUUGUGAGUCAUAAUUCAGUCUGGUACAACCAGGCUAGCUUCCACAUGGUUCAGCUCCACAACCAGACCUCAACAGCAGCACUGAAUACUAAGGAUGGUACUCUUAACAGAGACUGUUUGUUUUCUCCAUUAUUGGGAGUUUGGUGCAUUUUCUGUCCUCAGUCUUUCUCAGGUUUUCUCUGGUUUUGCCUCACUUCAAAUUCACCCUUGGUUCUUUUGGGUUUGCUUAAAUCUUUCUCUUGUUUAUGAAGUAAAGUAGUUAUGGUUCAAAGAAAUUUUUAAAAUCAGAGUAUUCAUAGUAUUCAACUGUCAGAGUAUUCAGAGCAGGUCACCUGGGAUCCUAGGUUGAGGACUGGACAGUUGAUAACAGUUGGUGAUGACCUAGAGGUGUCAAUACGAUACUUGUCGCUGUAGCCUAGUCCCAGAACUUGUCACAUACAGAAUCUGGGACCAGGCUUUUGUGACUGUCUUAAGUCAUGUCUUUACCACAGUAAUUAUUUAUUAUCAGUAGUUUAGCAAAACAGGGGGUCCUUAUUUUCAAUGUUAUUUUGUGCACAAUCAUGUUUGUUUGUUUAUUUGCUUGUUUUAUAGGAUAUGUUUUUUAAAUUAUUGUAUUUAUGUAUGGAUUUUGAUAUUUGCCCCCACCAAAACAUAAACGACAAUCAACAGCAACAACAGUAGCAAAAUGAGAUCCUUAAUAUCCUUGUAAAGGAACAUCAGCAAAUCAUUUUAUUCCUGGUAGUUACGUAUUUGUCUUAAUGUCAAUAUAGAACAACAACAACUGACAAAGUUGAAUUUAGGAAGCAUAAUUAUUAAAAAUAUAAAAAUAACUAUAUACUGUAUAGGCUGUCACAUGUUUAUUUAGCCUUGUAAAUGUUCCAGGAUGCGUCAAAAUUGGUACCCUAUUCCCUAUAUAGUGCACUACUUCUUCCUGAAGUGUGCACUUGUCCACUACUUCCCACACAUUUAAAUCCAUUGAAGGGAGGUGAACAAGUGCUCACUUUGGGGAAAAAGGGAGAGAUUAUUCGGAUGUACCCAAAGAUGUAUUCUCUCCUUGCAUUCAGUAACGAGAGUAUUCUCUAUAGUGAGUGCGUGAAGUUUGAGAAGCACCUCUUUUCUUCUACUUUUUAAAAUCAUUUAUUUGUUGUACUUAUACCCCUUUUUCUCUUCAAUGUCGUGAUAUCCAAUUGGUAGGCCCUUGAGAAGCACUCUUGAAAGCAUUUGAUUUAAUUGGGGUUGUUAUGACCGCUGUUUUCCUCUGAAAAAUAAGAAGAAUGUAUUAAAACCAGAAUCUUGCUGUU